AUGGCUGUGCCAGGAGCGGAGGAUGUUUACCUUACCCUACUUUUGACUGAUACGUAUUUACCUGGCGCGCUGGUUCUGGCGCAUUCGUUGCGAGAUGGUGGUACCACAAAGAAGCUCGGCGUGCUAGUGACCUUGGACUCGGUUGCCGCCGAAGCUAUAACAGAACUCAAGGCAAGCUUCGCUACAGUAUACGAUUAUGUUAUCCCCGUCCCGCGCAUCAAGAAUGAAUUUCCUGCCAAUUUGUCUCUCAUGAACCGAACCGAUCUGGCCUCUGCCUUUACCAAGAUCAAUCUAUGGAAGCAAACCAGCUUUCGUAAGAUUGUCUACAUCGACGCCGACGUGGUCGCAUACCGAGCGCCCGACGAACUCUUCGACCUUCCCCACGCUUUCUCGGCAGCGCCAGAUAUUGGCUGGCCAGAUAUCUUCAACACUGGUGUUAUGGUCUUGACGCCCAGUAUGGGGGAAUACUAUGCGCUCGCAGCUUUGGCUGAAAGAGGAAUUUCUUUCGACGGAGCCGACCAGGGACUACUCAAUAUGCAUUUCAAGAAUACCUACAAUCGCCUGAGCUUCACCUACAACGUUACGCCAUCUGGACACUACCAGUACAUCCCUGCCUAUCGCCAUUUUCAGUCAAGCAUCAACAUGGUUCACUUUAUUGGCACCGAUAAACCUUGGUUCCAAGGAAGGUAUGCCAGCACCGGCGCUGGUCCUUAUGAUGAGAUGAUUGGCAGGUGGUGGGCGGUUUAUGAUCGACACUACAGGGUUGAGUCUCCCAAGAGCACGGCACCGACGCCAAAGGCCGAUUUGGUACAGUAUCUCACCAGAGGCGAAUAUCAGCCACCGCGACCUCAAGUUGCCCACGUCGAGAACGUUGAACGAAUCGGUGAGCCUUAUAGUGAAGACCACCACGAACAAACCCAACAUGACUCUUCCUCGGUCGGCCAUUCUCAAGCAUCCACUGAGCAAUAUGCUGGACAUGGCCAUGGCCAAUCUGGAGAUGCCGAGUCCCGGCAGCAGUUUCCUAGCUCGUCUAUAUUGAGUAGCUCUCUUGAAGGGACCCAAGCUGAGGCUCGUGAAGAGCAGGUCCCGCCCCCACCGGAGCAGAAGAAGGAUGAGCGACCUCCCGUCACAUUUUCUGAAUGGGACGCUCAGAGACAUCCUCCGCCGGCAGACUCGAAACCUGAAGCUGCAAACUUCCCUGCUACCGUGUACGAAAUGUCGAAAGAAACUGCUCCGUUCGUCCCUCCCGCACGAUAUCCCAGCCCGCCGAAAGAUAUGUGGUACAAGGUACCGGAGCAACCGCCGGCUUACCGUACCGCGAAACCCAAGUCGAUAUUCCCAUGGGAAAAUGCCCAACCACGGCCUACUCGAGUCUUCCCCGAUGAACCGUCGCAAGUCCAAGCUACCGAGACGGAGAAGCCGACAACGACCACGGGUGAGCCUUGGGCCUUUGCCUCUUCUGACACCAACCCAUCAACUGAGACUUUUCGCACAGGGCAUACCGCCACCGAAUCAGUGCCAGUCACCCCCAUCACUCCCACCAUCUCAAUCACGUCAUCGGAUCCUUGGACUUCUUUUACUCGGACCAAUGCAUGGGACGAAGUGCCUGAAAUAGAGCGCUACGUCGAUAAACUGCAGCAGCACCGACGCACAAGAAGUCUCAAGGGUCCUGGCAAGAUAGAUCUUCCCAGCCCAAGUGGUGCGGUCAGCGAGAUUGACUUUGCUAGACGCGGUUCCAAGGUGACCGACUUUCCGUCGGAAACCGAACGGCCAAGUCUGCCUGUUACUCCUGCGCCCAUCCGCCGGCCCAAGUUCUGGGGUGGUGGAGGUGAUGGCGGUCAUGGCCUUGGUGAUGAAGAGGAAGCCGAUCCUCUGUUGCCAGUCGCAGAGGGCGUACCGGGACAGAGUGAAUGGGAUCCUGUGGCACAACUCCAGAAAUUGGCCAAGCAACAGUCUGAAGUCUUGCUGCAGAAGCUAGGUGGUGCUUCUCGCGACAGUGGCGAUCUUCCGCCGCGAGCUGUGCCAUUUGGAUCUGAAGAACUGAUCUCACCGACCUACGUGGCCCAAUCACCUCAGGUGCUGAGCCCGCAACCGGUAAAAGGAAGCGCAAGCUCGAGCAUUGUUCGGGGGAUGAUUUCCGAAGAUGAGGCCGCUACUCACGCCUCGGAUCAGGCGACUGCCAAUGUCACGUCUGGCUCGAUCCCAAAACCAAGUUAUACAGGACCUGGUGCCGAGUUUGAGAAGGGGGAGAACUUUGCCCAGCACUCAACGCCAUUGCCACCUACCGAAGAUGAGCGAGAUGUGCUGGAAACAUGA